AUGGAAGCGUUUGGUACCCUGUUUAAAUACAGGCUAGAAGCCCUGCGCUCGAUAAAUGAUGAAGAAUCUUUUUCUGGUUUUUUGAGUACAGUGGAGCCAAUCACGAUAAAUGUGCAAAAAGGACCAACUUGUGGACCAGUUGCUCAAGUAGUAGUUUCUAAGGUUUUUGAAACUGAACCAUUUACGGUUGACGAAGUUGUCUAUUAUAACAAGUCUGAAGGCUACACCUCUUCCGGGGAAUGUUUUUCAGGUAUUUGUUAGAAUUUGAUUUAAAUUUUUGACUUUUCCAAGUCAAUAAUGAAGCUCUGCUUCGUUGCAUUGAAUAUGUUGAAAGACUUAACGUUAUCUUUCUUUAGUCGACUGGAUGACUUCUUCUUUGUCUCACUUUAUGCCACAGUUGCAGUUAACUACAACUGUGCUACCACCAAUACUUAAAUUGUUAACUUCGCUUGAUAACAACACAGUAUACAUUGUUCCGUACGAUGCUGAUAAAGAUAAUUCGCCUGGUUUUUGUAAUGGAAAGUCGGCGCAUUGGUGUGUCAUUGUAAGCCUAAUUUUGAUUUGAAUUUUAUUUUUUCGUUUAUGAUUUUUAAAGGUUAUAAUUUAGGUGGGUUACUUUGUGAGACAUAGUAAAGGUGUCGAGUUUGACGUGAAUGGAAAUUUUAAUGACGGUGAUGUGUUUGUUGUGGCAUACCAAGGAAAAAGCAGGUACAUUUGCAUCAUGUGUUAUUUUUAAAUUUAAUUACUCGCCGUUACGUGUUUUAGGGAUAAAAUACUAAACGUACUUUAAAACAAUAUUAAAUUACACUUUUAUUUCAGAAAUCCAGCAUUGUGGAGUUACGCUGAUUUACAGUCGAGUAACUGUCAACUGAACACAUACGAGAAGCCCGCAAUGAUCAUGGACGCCGGAGGCAUCGAAGCCGGUUUAAAGGGCCGAGCGGUUCGCGUCGAAGGCGUCCAUGGACAUUACAAGAAAAUGGUCAACUUCCGGAUGUGA